AUGACGCCCAUAUAUAUGUGUGAUGAGGCGUUUUGGGGCAGAAGCGAAGCGAAGAGUUGUGGCAACGAGCAAGAGCAAGAACAAAAGAAAGCGGAAAGAACAUGGACAGACGUGAAAGGCACAAUAGGUAUAGAGCUAGACGCAGGGAGCAGGAGGAGGAAAGGAAUAGGGAGCUCGCGUGUUCUACGGGGUCAUGAUGGAUGUCAACUUUGAAGCUGUGGCCAUGUUUGAGAUGCUAACGAGGUACCGCGACCAUCCUGGGGCGCUUCUAGAAGACAGGAUUGCUUUAGAGGAGAUUCUGUGGGGGCAGAAUCUGGUGUGAAGAAAGUAGGUGAAUUUCAUGUAGGUGAAUUAUUUGCAGGGGAAUUUUUAUGCAGGUAAAUUGAAUAGUUAUAAGGCAAUUUUUUAUGUGUGUAAGUGUUUGCGAGCUAAGUAUGAAUAUCACAUUCGUUUCAAUUCUUUUGUUAUUUUGAUGGUUCCUGUAGGAACCGGGUUUUUGUUUUUUCUUUAAGCGUCAAGCGUCUUCUCCAGCCACAUUGCAAGUUCUUCGACUUCCACUUUGGCGCAGUGUUGGUAGGCAGCGUUUUCAGUGUGUUUCCCGCACGUUUUGAGGCAGACGAGCUGGUCGAAGAGCUUUUCCGCCUUGGGACCACCAUAGUCUUGUAGAUCAAGCGCAGGAAUGUUCAGGCAAGCUAGCAGGUCUCUUUCAUAUAUCCCGCCUUUUGUACACAAUGGUUGACCUCUAGUUCUGACGUACAUUCUCAUACAGCUGGGAGAUUAUCUUAGGAAGUCUGGAAAGAGGAAGGGCAUCAACUCCAACGGGCACACCAAAAGGUAAUUUGUGAAUGUAUUUUUGGACGUAUCUGCAUGCUCUUUGGUCUUUAGGCGUCAGGUCGUUCCACUGUAGACCAGUGUCAAAAAAGGAUUGAGCUGUAGCAUCUCCAACACUCAGAAAACCCAAUUCUUUACAGAAAAAUAUCUACAACCGCAGCAAUACUUGUAAGUUGUUGAGACAUUUUGAAAUGUUGAACAUGUACUUUUCGAUCCGCUUUAUAUUAUUUUAACAAUAGCCUUGUCGCAUAACACUUAUCACAUGAAAUUUGUCGCAUAGCAUCUAUCGCAUAACUUUUUUCACGUAACAUUUUUUGCAUAGCGCUUGUUCCAUAACGUUUGUUGCAUAACACGUAUGAUUUGGCGAGUUGAGUUUUUUGUAUAAAAGGCAGGAAAAAGUGAAGUGUUUAUUUUAAAGUUAGCAAUGGAGUGUAUGCAUGGAAACCCCGCUUCCAAUUCAACUACAAGACAAAGGCUCCUUUUGGUUUUGUGGACAGAAGCCUAUCUGUGGAUUUCUAUGUACUGAAGAAGACAGUUAUCUGUUCCAGACAGCUCUGGCAGCUUGGAGAGCCACAGGUUUGACGCAGCCGAUAUGUGAGAGUCACCGAAAGCCAGCGAAGUUUCGUGUAGUUAAAGACAUGCUGAAAAAGUCUUAUGGGCAACCAUAUUUUACGUGUCAAAGUCGGGAGAAUCCUUGUUCCUUAUGGUUCUGCUAUCACAACAAACCGUGUGCUGUGAAGCAAGUCAAGAAACAAGGUCCCAAUACGGGUAAAAAGUUCUUCUGUUGCUGCAAUGAAAACCGGUGUGAUUAUUUUGAAUGGUGUUCUGAGGAAUUGCCAAAACAGCAUGUUGCCAUGGCGCCUUUCGUACCGUUGUUUUACAGUCGUUAUUAUCCAGAUGCUCAACAGAAUUAA